GUCGGGCUCCUUUGGGACGCUGUAAUCAUGAACGACGGACAGCAUCAAUGGGAAUCAGCCAUCAACCACAUCAGGGGCAUUGUCAGCAUCAUCUGGACCGAUUGUGCCUCUAGCAAUGGGAGCUCUAAGCAGACAGGAGUUCUUCCAGGAACUGGGAUUCGGUUGCUUGCUUCCAACUGUCCAGCAAGGUCUAGAACAAGUAUGGCAGCUGUUACUCAUCUGCCUAGUAUGUAGGCUGCUGUGGAGAUUGGGUCUGCCCCCUGUCUUGAAACACCUGAGUACGGUGGCUGGCGGUUUUUACACUCUCUACCUGUUCUUCGAGCUGCACAUGGUUUGGGUGGUGCUUCUCAGCCUCCUCUGCUACCUCAUCCUCUUCCUUUGUCGUCAUUCAAGCAGCCGCGGACCCUUCCUGUCCAUCACUAUCCUCAUCUACCUUCUUCUGGGAGAGUUGCAUAUGAUGGAUACAACAACCUGGCAUAAAAUGAGAGGUUCCCAGAUGGUAGUGGCAAUGAAGGCAGUUUCCCUUGCCUUUGACUUGGACAAAGGCAUAGUGGAGAAAGUUCCCUCCCCAAUGGAGUUCAUGGGCUACAUUUACUUUGUGGGGACCGUCAUCUUUGGGCCUUGGAUCAGUUUCAACAGCUACAUGGAUGCAGUAGAGAGUCGAAAACUUAGUGCCUCCUGGUUUAUGAAGUCAGUCCUCAGCUGUGUGAAGAGCCAGAUCUGUCUGGUCAUUUCCAACUGCAUUGCUCCCUAUCUCUUUCCCUAUUUCAUCCCAGUCUUUGGAGACAAGCUUCUCCGCAACAAGAAGCGAAAGAUGAGAGGCUCUAUUAAAAGGUGGCUACAGGCCUAUGAGAACAGCCUGUCCUUCCAUUUCAGUAAUUACUUUGUAAGUUACCUUGGUGAGACGACAACCACACUGGCAGGUGCUGGGUUCACAGAAGAGAAGGACAAUCUUAAGUGGGACAUGACAAUAGCAAAGCCACUUAAUGUUGAGUUUCCCAGGUCUAUGGUUGAAGUGGUCACUUCCUGGAACCUGCCGAUGUCCCGCUGGCUCAACACCUAUGUGUUUAAGAAGGCUCUCAGAUAUGGGAGCUUCACAGCCAUUAUCUUGACAUACACUGCGAGCGCUCUGCUACAUGGUCUAAGUUUCCACAUUGUGGCAGUAUUAUUUACACUAGGCUUCAUAACAUAUAUUGAACACGUGCUUAGAAAAAGAUUGUCAAUCAUUUUAAAUGCAUGUGUCCUCUCCAAGAGAUGCCUAUCUGACUGCAAACAUAGACAUAAAAAGGAAUUGUGGGUAUAUUUAAUUAAUGGGACAUUUAGCAUGUUAGCAGUGCUGCAUUUUACAUACCUGGGCUCUAUUUUUGGCUCCAGUACAGAUGACAUGGAUUCUGAUGAGAAUGGCAUGGUCAGCCACACCAUUCAGAAAUGGAUGCAGCUCAGCUGGACAAGCCACUGGUUGACUUUUGGCCUUUGGGUCUUGUAUCGCCUUAUUCUAUAAACACUUAGACCUUCAUAGAUGAAGAGGAUAGCAAUAACUGUGAUUGGAUAUUUUAUACAAGUUCACAGGAGUUGUGGCCGUUAAUGACAUCACUGUGAACUCUGGAUGAACAUGACUGCAGACCUGAGUCCUCAAAUCUGCUGUAUACGUUCAUAAUAUAUAUAUAACAUGACCAGACCUCUACAAGUACCAAGAUGUUCUGAAGUUUUCUAAGCUAACACAGCAAUCCACAAUAAGUGAAUAUUGAAUUAUUCAUAGCCAUUAUUAAUGAACUGAUCAAGAUUUUGAUAUGACUGACUAAUAAAUCUUAUAGUUGUAAUAGGUUUUGCUUGAUGGUUUAGGAUAAUUACUUGUUUGUGUAAAAAGAACAUAUAUAUUCUCAUUGAUUUUUUCAGAAGCUCUAAUGUCAAACUGCUCAAAUCAAGUUUUGUAUUGUAUGCAUCUAUUCACCUGACUGAUUAUUAUUAUCAUUAUUUUUUUUGCCAUUCCCAUAUGGAAAAUCAACUAAUGCUAAUGCUUUUCCACUAAAGCACAUAUUCUGCGAUUCACAAUCAGAUUGUCCAUUACGGUUUUCAUGUACAACAAACAUGCCAAAUGACUUCAUCCUCAUUGAGCUCUGAAUGAUAAAGUUCACAUCCUCUUGUCUGAAUUAGUUAGUUACUGGGUGCAUUUGAAACCCUUUGAUACACUUGAAUACUGAGACAUUAUUAGUGUUUGAUAGUUUCUUAUAUUUAACCCUUUUUAAAAUGUAAAUUGUUUAUGGCAACAAGUGUGUUUUUGUUUUCUGUGUAUUUAUUUUAAUGUGUAUUAUUAAUAUUGCUAUUUGGUAGUGGAUAGAGUAAUUGACACCAUCAUAACAUUGAAUACGAUUGUUUUUUAUAUGUCAUUUUAGUGCCAAACAGAACAACAAUUACUAGCUGAAUAAUUCUGGUAGGUUCUCAUUUUUUAUUUUAUUUAUUGUGUUCAGACAUUCAUCACACAACACAUUUUACAUUAACUACCCUGUUGUAAAUCAAUCCCUAUACAUUUAUUAGUGAUUAAUAAAUAAAGAGUUCAAAUUA